ACGGCAAGGCGCGUGCGCUACUGGUUGGCCGAGGAAAAGAUCGCGCAGGCGUAGUGGCUGCUUUUGAACUCGGCUGGGGUCGGAGUGCCAGGGUAUCUUGUGGCAGGUGGAACAUAUCUCACAAGAAGUUGAGGACGGAAAGGAUCUAUUUAACAAUGAUGAAUGCGGAUAUGGAUGCUGUUGAGACUGAAAAUCAAGUAGAAUUAGAAGAAAAAACACGACUUAUCAAUCAGGUUUUGGAACUGCAGCAUACACUUGAAGAUCUGUCUGCAAGAGUAGACGCCGUUAAAGAAGAAAAUUUGAAAUUGAAAUCAGAAAAUCAGGUUCUUGGACAAUAUAUAGAAAACCUCAUGUCUGCCUCUAGUGUUUUUCAGACUACUGACACAAAAAGCAAAAGAAAGUAAGGCGCUGCUAACCAAACAAUACCAUUGUACUGCUGCUGCUUUUGUUUGAUUUUAAAUGACAUAAGGCUACAUAAUACUCUAGUUUGUAUCAUCAUUGAAGUUAUGAACAUUUAAUGUUAGUUCUAGACAUCUUAAUUUUUUUAAUGAAUUGGACAGUACAAGUCUGUAAUGUCAGUUUUCAGCAACAUAGGAUAGAGAAAAUAUAUUUAUUACUACCACAGUCUGAAUACAAGUGCUUUUGAAAAUCAGUUCUGCUUUUAUGGUUAGUGUCAUACAUGGCCAAGUACUGUAAUUAUCAUGGUUUUUAUAGUAUUACUAUUUGCUAGCAACAUAAUACAGUGUUGUGCAGAGUGGUAUGAAAAUACUUAUUUGGAAUGAAUUAUUUGCAUGACUUCUGUUAGUUUUCAAAAAAGUUGUACAUUCUCCAUCUCUUCUGCAUCCUCCAGGAAAAUCUAUGCUAAUUCUUCCAGAUGAAGACAUAGUUUAGCUUGUUGAGUGGUGGAAGUUAAUUCUUUUAAAUGAGAGUGUAUAAUGUAUUGCUUGCAAAAUUGUAAAGAGGAAAAAGAGCACUCUAUAGCUUGAUAUACCACUCUGGAAUUAAUAAAUUAUAAUUUUAAAAAUGUCUUAAAAGUUCCUUUCACUUAUUGGGCCAGUAUAGUGUUGCAAUUGUUUUAACUGUGUCCUGUUUACAUAACACUUUGUUACAUAGUAAUAUUAUCAAUUGUGAUGAUACAAACUUGGGAGAAAUAAUCUUGUAACAAUUAAUAGAUAUAUUUAUGAAUUUUCACUAGUUCUAUACUUUUUCUAUAUAAUUCCUACUGACUUAUAAUCACAUUUUAGCACCACAGAUGAUUUGCCUUUCAGUACUAGAAUGAAAUUAGGGUUUUUCAAGCAUGACACACAUCUCUACGAAAAUACUAGCUGCUACAGAGAUGUACCAAAAGGCCUGUCUCUCUGAUACACUUCAAGCAGUUAAAUGUAAUAAGGCUUAUAUAAUAUACUACUUUUCCGGGAUAAGCAAACAAUUUACUUAGAUGUAGGUAGAUGCAUUUACUUAGAUGCAGAUGCACAGUAACAUUUCUGUGAAUAUAUACAAUAAGAAACUAUCUUAAUUUUCAUUAAAGGUGAGCUGUAAGGAAUCAUUUUAUUUUUGCAGACGUGUUUUCAUUAGUCCGAUGUCACUUUGUUGAUAUCAUUAAGAAUGAAAAUUGCAGUCCCAAUGUACUUGGAAGAAGCAAUAAUUAGGUUUUUAGAACAAGAUGUGGAAUGGAAUGGCUUCUGAUUUGAUUGGAUUCUAACAGUUUGGUGUCUUUUUUGCCAUUUUUAAUAGUAGUUUAAGGAUGAUUUAAUUUCUGUUCUAAGCAAAAGUCUACUGUUUUGUAGAUAGAUGAGUAUUUCUGUUUUUGGGAGGAUAUAAAUGGUUCAGAACAGUAUUGUAAUUGGUGCUCAUUUAGUAGGAGGCCUCAAAAAGGUGUCUUUCAGUGAACUAUAUGUGUUCAAUGUUUUUUCUUCUGAUAAAGCCCACUAACAAUAGCACUUAGUCUUAUAUACCGCUUCAGAGUGCUUUACAGCCCUCUCUAAGCAGUUCACAGAGUCAGCCUAUUGCCUCAACAAUCUGGGUCCUCAUUUUACAGACCUCAGAAGGAUGGAAGGUUGAGUCAACCUUGAGCUGGUGAGAAUCGAACUGUGAAACUGAUGGCAGUUGGCAGUCAGCAGAAGUAGCCUCCAGUAAUGCAUUCUAACAACUGUGCUACCGCGGCUCUUAAGAGAUUCUAGAAUUUUUUUCACGCUAUUCUAUGAGGAAGACGUGUUUGAAACUAAUUUCACUUUCCCCAUUUCCAUUAACCUUGUAGUAAGUCAAAUAACCUGUUUAACUAGUGAUUUUCCUAUUCCUUCUUCCUUUGUGGAUGUGAUGCAAGUACAACAUUUCAGAUUCAAAAACAAAUAUUUUGAUUGUGUAGGGAUGGAACUGAUUGGUGAUUAAGUGCCAUUUUUUCUUGAUGAAAUGCAUGGGGAUUCCUCCAAAUGUUCUCCUUUUACAUCACUUAAUCCAUUUGAGAAAAGUAGGAAUGAGAAGGGAAGGGGAACUGCUUGUGAAUAGUUGUGAGUUAAUGUAGAACAAACCAGUAAUCAUCUAGUCUUAGGGCCACAUGAUCAAGAGACCUGAAUUUAAGAGACUCAAUAGAUUAGCAGACACAGAGAUUACUUAGAAUUGACCACAAGAAGUCUAGAAUUUGGAUUCAACCGGUUUUUUGCAACUUCAGUGGCAACUAAGUUAGCAAGCAUUAAUGACACAAAAGUAAAGGACUAUUUGACAAUUUGCUCAUAGGAAUUGUUUCUAACCAGUUUCAGACUAACUCUUACAGCUAGUAAUCUCAGAAAGUGCCAUCUAAAGAGGAUUGUUAAUGUGACACUGAGUUUAAAUGUCCUAGAUGUGAUUGUUACAGGGAACAAAUCCGCCACUGGGGCUUAUGUUCUAAAAAUGUGCUAUCUCAGAAUUUAUAUUAAAUAAAGAUUUUUUUGAGUUUA